AAGAAACUAAUCUAUUUACCAAAAUCCCUUUCCCUCUCUUCCCGCUGUUUUGGUCUCAUUCUCCUCUUUCUCUCCCUACAAUUUCUGCAACUUUACUUCUUACAAUUUUCUCAUAAAAAUCUAAGCUUUUUCUUUAUCAAAUCUUCAUUUUCACUUCACAUAGCAAACUAGUUUUCAUAUUUUGAGCAACAUGAAGUGGAAACUUUAGUUCUUGGGGAAAACCCUAAUUUAUUUCAACCACUUCUUGUUUUUUUUUUUUCAAAGACUCAAUUUUCUUCUUCUUGUGGGGUUAUUAGAAAUUGCGUGUAGACAAGGGUAGUAUGGAAAAUUCGGUACCCAGGACUGUAGAAGAAGUAUUCAGCGAUUUCAAAAGUCGUAGAGCUGCUUUAAUUAAAGCACUUACCACAGAUGUUGAGAAGUUUUAUCAGCAGUGUGAUCCUGAAAAGGAGAACUUGUGUCUCUAUGGGCUUCCUAAUGAAACAUGGGAAGUAAACCUCCCGGUGGAAGAGGUCCCUCCAGAACUUCCGGAACCAGCAUUGGGCAUAAAUUUUGCACGUGAUGGAAUGCAAGAAAAAGACUGGUUAUCACUUGUUGCUGUUCACAGUGAUUCAUGGCUGCUUUCUGUUGCAUUUUACUUUGGUGCAAGGUUUGGGUUCGGCAAGAGUGAAAGGAAGAGGCUUUUCCAAAUGAUAAAUGAUCUCCCAACAGUGUUUGAAGUUGUUACCGGAGCUGCUAAACAGACACGUGAUCCCCCUCACAACAAUAGCAGCAAAAGCAAAUCAAGUGGAAAGCCUCGACAGCCAGAGUCCCAACUCAAGGCAGUAAAGGUGUCUCCACCUAAAAUGGAGAACGACAGUGGGGAGGAGGAAGAAGAAGAAGAGGAUGAACAAGGAGCAACUCUCUGUGGAGCUUGUGGUGAUAAUUAUGCGACUGAUGAAUUCUGGAUUUGCUGUGAUAUUUGCGAGAGAUGGUUCCAUGGAAAAUGUGUGAAGAUCACUCCAGCUAAAGCUGAGCAUAUCAAGCAGUACAAGUGUCCUAGUUGCAGUAGCAAGAGAGCUAAAGUCUAAAAUUUGUGGCAAGAACAAUUAAGUGGUGAUGUUGGAAGGUCUAGGAGUUUUAGCUCAAUUAUCAAAUGUCAAAAGUUAAAUGUUUGCUGAUGGAAUUGGGAUGUCCAUUUCAUGAACAUUUGCUUUCUGUUAUCUUGCUUUCGGAUUGUGUUUUUAGAUUAAAAGAAAUUGUGCCUGUUA